AUCCUAUUCAACCUUUCCACCUUCAACUGAUCGCGACAUUCUUCACCAACAAGCGCACCGACUCGACCUUGAUGCGCAGCCCUCGGAUCGGGCUAUCCCACUCUUUCGAUCCCGUUUCCGCGUGUAGAAAGCGAUCACUAUAACCAUGAAUGCGACAAGCGCCGAUCAGGCUCCGGCCCAGACACAGAAUGCGGCUGCAGCUCCAGCUUCUACGCAGCAACCCCAAAUACAAACACAAGUACGACGACAGCAAGAGCAGCAGCAAAAGAAAACUGCCCCAUCCAAGAACGCAUCCCCAAAACGCACGCUGGCCAUGACGCGUGACCGACAUAACCAGCAGUCGCUAGGCGCAUCACUCAAUACCUCUGUCAAGCAGGCUCGCGUGCUCAUGGUUGGUGCUGGCGGAAUUGGAUGCGAGUUACUCAAGAACCUCGUCCUCACAGGCUUUGGCGAAAUACAUAUUGUAGACCUCGAUACCAUCGACCUUUCGAACCUGAACCGACAGUUUCUUUUCCGUCACGAACACAUAAAAAAAUCUAAGGCUCUAGUGGCUAAGGAGGCAGCAGAACGGUUUAAUCCCAAUGUCAAAAUUGUCGCACACCAUGCCAAUAUCAAGGAUGACGAAUUCACUGUGGCCUGGUUCCAGCAAUUCCGCAUUGCUUUCAAUGCUCUGGAUAACCUCGAAGCGCGCAGGCACGUCAAUAAGAUGUGCCUGGCAGCUGAUGUACCCCUGAUCGAGAGUGGCACCACCGGAUUCAAUGGCCAGGUGCAGGUUAUCAAAAAAGGCGUUACUGCAUGCUACGACUGCACUCCCAAGGAAGCACCCAAGUCUUUCCCUGUGUGUACAAUUCGAAGCACCCCCAGUCAACCCAUCCACUGCAUUGUCUGGGGUAAAAGUUAUUUGCUUAAUGAGAUAUUUGGCACAAGUGAAGAUCAGGCCGCAUUUGACCACUCAACUGAUGCCGACAACGCCAAAGAGAUUGAAGAGUUGAAGAAAGAGUCUGAAGCUCUCAAGAUGAUUCGGGAUGCUACUGGCACGUCUAAGUUCCCUCAGAUGCUAUUCGACAAGGUGUUCAACGCCGACAUUGAGCGACUACGCUCCGUGGAGGGCAUGUGGACAUCCCGGCGAGCUCCCGAGCCCCUUCAAUAUCAGACCAUUCUCGCGCAGGCUGGCGAGGCUAUCGCCAACAAGGACAAGAUCCUGAAUGACGAUCAGCGGGUUUGGUCCCUGGAAGAGAGCCUAGUGGUCUUCAAUGACAGUCUUGACCGACUAAGCAAGCGAAUCCUUGAGCUCAAGAAGAACAAAAAACCUGAAGACCCCGACCCCACAAUCACAUUUGACAAGGAUGAUAUUGAUACUCUUGACUUUGUGACAGCAAGUGCCAACAUUCGCUCAACAAUUUUUGGAAUUGACAAGAAGUCUCGGUUCGAUACCAAACAGAUGGCAGGUAACAUUAUUCCAGCUAUUGCCACAACAAACGCAAUCGUCGCUGGUCUCUGUGUUCUUCAGUCUUUCAAAGUUUUGAAGGGCGAGUAUGCACAGUCCAAGGAGGUCUUCUUGACCCCCUUUGCCCCAGCUCGACUUCUGGCCCCUGAUAGGUCCAGAGAGCCAAAUCCCGAAUGCCCCGUAUGUAGUGUUUACUUUACAAGUAUUGUUGCAGACCUGUCUCGGGCGACUCUCAAGGAUCUCGUUGAUGACAUCGUCAUGUCAAAACUGGGAUUUGAAGGCAAGGAGUUUGUCGUGAACAAUGACAUAGGAACCUUGGUUGAAUGUUUUGAAGACGGUGACGACGAGAAUCUACCCAAAAAGCUGACUGAUCUUGGUAAGGCCUCAUUGAAAGGACAAAUGAAUUGCUCGUGGAGGACUGACAAAACUACUAGGUAUCAAGAAGGGCUCAUUCUUGACUGUCAUCGACCAGGACGACGAAGACACGCUCGUCAAUGUGGUUAUCAAUGUCCAAGAAGGGUUUGUCCUUGUCUCUGUUGUUAUUGAACUAGGCUUACAAUUUAUAGUACAUUGAAAGAAGACGAGAAACCGGUUAAGGCUACAUUCUCAGAGAUCCCUGAGAUUCCACGUCGACCAAAGAAGCUCCAGCCAGUCGCCGCGAAUGGCAAUGGAGAACUCAACGAUGAGCAGGCCGUUAGUGCCGAGCCGAAGGGUAUCAAGAGACCGCAUGGAGAGGACGGUGAACCACCUCUCAAGAAACUCAAGAUCACCGAAUCCGGAACCGAUAUUGUAGAUGUGGAUGAAGUCCAAAGUCGGGCCGCCGGCGGCGCUAUCGUCAUUGACGAUUGAAGGGUAAUUCAAGGGGUUGAAAGGACGAUGCGUAUAUCCUAGGAACCAUGGCUUUACUAGUUGGCGCUUAAGCCACCAUCCAGGUUCAGCACGCAAUUGUUGGCGAAGCGGUUGGUUAUCAAAAACAUGGCAGCGUCGGCUACCUCAUCGGGCGUUCCCAAACGACCCAAGGGACACUGCUUGAGGUAAGCCUCUCGAGCAGUCUCAGUAAGUUCUAAAACAGGGCAUUGUACAUUAACAUUGGCUUUCGUCUUCGCAAGGGUGAUAGGCGCCAGGGAUUGAAGGCGCAGGAAGGGGAGACUCACCAUUCCACAUUGGACUCUGUAUCCAACCCGGUAGCAAUGUGUUGACGCGGAUAGAGCGACUUUUAUACUCAAGGGCUAGGGCACGGGUGAAAGCUGCGACGAUAUGGAGUCAGCAGGUUCUUUUUGGCAUGUAUAAUAAUGUGGGAUUCAUUAGCAUAAGAUUAGGGAUAUAUCACGAACGUACCAAUGACACCAGCCUUUGAAGCGGCGUAUACUGUAGCACCAGCACCCAUUUUGGUAGCCAUAAGACUUGAAACAUUGA